UCAGACAUUAAAAUCCUAAGUGAAAACCAGCGAGGACGAGCCUCAGAGGUCGGGAACCCGACCUAGGAAGGGAAGUCAAGGUAAGCUUUCCAAAGGAGGUGAUGCUGAAACAACAUUUGAAGACGAGCAGGAGUUCCCAAGCGAAGAAUGCUCCUGAAGAGGGAACAGGAUGUGUGAAGGUUGAGGCCAGCGAAGAGGCCCACUUGUGGAACCGAAAAGCGUUCAGAACGGCAGACGGGUAGUCAAGAUAGCGGUGAGUGAAGAGGUGGGACAAGCGACCAAGGAGCUGACCCUGAGAGGCCCGGAAGGUGAUCAGGGAGGGGACCUGGGGCAGGCAGGUGCGAAGGUUGAGAAUUAGAAAGGAACAGAGUAGCCUGAGGAUCCCUGUCUGCAGGCACGUCGUGGAGGGGGUGUCUGAGUCUGGGUGCCAGCGACCCUCGGCUGGGUGCCGGCGACCCUCGGUAGAGUUCGCAGGCUGGCGGGCGAGGGCCGGGGGCUGUCUAUCAGUCCGCCCCACCGCGCUGGCACGUGGCUCGGUUGAUCGCCAAAGUCCGCACCGAUCUUGAGCUCCCGGAGGGACAGGCUGGGAAGCUCCCGGGCCCAGCCGAGCACCGCGGCAGGGUGGGGUGGGGGGCUAGGGGUGUCGAACGACUAUUUCGCGCUUCCCGGUUGCUGAAGGAGCCCAGUAGUCAGUCCAGGCUACCUCGCCGCCUGGCGUCUCCCCCAGGCCCUGGGCUGCAGGGGGACCAACCUGGCCCGAGGCUCAGCCCGGCCCCUCGGUCGCUGGGUCUGCGCGGAGACCCCACGGUGGCUUCGCGGGGCAGGGCGGGGCGCUGCCCGCGCACCCAGGCUCGGCGGCCUCGGCCCAGGGGCGGGGGCGGUGAUGCGGAAGUGCCGGGAGGGCGGGCGGACAGACAAGCGCGGCUCCGGGAGGGCGCAGUUCGGCCCCACCGCCUGGCCCGUGCUCCCGGGCGCAGCCAAGCGGGCGCACCGCAGACAGACGCCUUUGCCAUGAACCAGCCUGCCCCCGCUGCCCUUCCUCCGCCCCGCCGCGUACGGCUGAAGCCCUGGCUGGUGGCCCAGGUGAACAGCUGCCAGUACCCGGGGCUUCAGUGGGUCAAUGGCGAAAAGAAAUGCUUCUAUAUCCCCUGGCGCCAUGCCACGCGGCACGGCCCCAGCCAGGAUGGAGAUAACACCAUCUUCAAGGCCUGGGCCAAGGAGACGGGAAAGUACACCGAGGGGGUGGACGAGGCUGAUCCGGCCAAGUGGAAGGCCAACCUGCGCUGUGCCCUUAACAAGAGCCGUGACUUUCGCCUCAUCUAUGAUGGGCCCCGGGACAUGCCGCCUCAGCCCUACAAGAUCUACGAGGUCUGCUCCAAUGGCCCCACUCCUGCUGCAGAGGCACAGCCCAGUGAGGAUUACACUCUCGGUGCGGGAGAGGAGGAGGAGGAGGAAGAGGAAGAGCUCCAGAGGAUGUUACCAAGCCUGAGCCUCACAGAAGCAGUGCAGCCCGGCCCCCCAAUGGCACCCUAUUCUUUACCCAAAGAGGAUGUCAAGUGGCCACCCACUCUCCAGCCGCCUGUGGUGCUGGGUCCCCCUGCUCCAGACCCCAGCCUCCUGGGCCCUGCCCCUGGCAACCCUGCUGACUUUGAGGAGCUGCUUUCUGAGGUCCUGCCGAGCCCACAGCCUGGGACCCUGGCUGCCAGCCUGCCCCCAACAGGCGAACAACUCCUGCCCGACCUGCUGAUCAGCCCUCACAUGCUGCCUCUGACCGACCUGGAGAUCAAGUUUCAGUACCGGGGGAGGCCACCCCGGGCCCUCACCAUCAGCAACCCCCAUGGCUGCCGGCUCUUCUACAGCCAGCUGGAGGCCACCCAGGAGCAGGUGGAGCUCUUUGGCCCUGUGAGCCUAGAACAAGUGCGCUUCCCCAGCCCCGAGGACAUCCCCAGCGACAAGCAGCGCUUUUAUACCAACCAGCUGCUGGAUGUCCUGGACCGCGGGCUCAUCCUCCAGCUACAAGGCCAGGAUCUGUAUGCCAUCCGCCUGUGCCAGUGCAAGGUGUUCUGGAGCGGGCCCUGUGCCUCAGCCCAUGGCUCACACCCCAACCCCAUCCAGCGGGAGGUCAAGACCAAGCUCUUCAGCCUGGAGCAUUUUCUCAAUGAGCUCAUCCUGUUCCAGAAGGGCCAGACCAACACCCCACCACCGUUUGAGAUCUUCUUCUGCUUUGGGGAGGAGUGGCCUGAUCGCAAACCCCGAGAGAAGAAGCUCAUCACUGUACAGGUGGUGCCUGUAGCAGCUCGGCUGCUGCUGGAGAUGUUCUCAGGGGAGCUUUCUUGGUCGGCUGAUAGCAUCCGGCUACAGAUCUCAAACCCAGACCUCAAAGACCGCAUGGUAGAACAGUUCAAGGAGCUCCAUCACAUCUGGCAGUCCCAGCAGCAGCUGCAGCCUAUGGCCCAAGCCCCUCCUGUGGCAGGCCUCAGUGCUGGCCAGGGGCCCUGGCCCAUGCACCCAGUUGGCAUGCAGUAAUGAGGCUGCAGACAGUGACUGGCCCAGGCUUCCAGGGUGGCUGUGCAGACUGAUGUGGAGGUGCGAUGGCCUCAGUGGGCACCUGGUGGGCGGCAGGGUCCUAUCUCUGGGUCCUCUGGAAGUGGAUCUGGGUCACGAAUAAGAGGGAAAAGAGGCCCGAGUUCCAGGUUCUCCUCAGAAGCUGAUGGAAACUGGAAGCCAGUUUUGCUUUGAGGACUCUGUCUUCCUGGACAUGCCUCUCCUGGGCUGGCUGUGGGGGAACUGAGCCAUCGGCACCAGUGAGGAGGGAAGGAACUCCCCCCGACUCCAGGGGGCCUAGUUGUACAGAGGGAGUUGCCCCAGAGUGACCCAUACUUGCGGUCGCCCCCAUUUCUUCUGGCGAAAAGAGCCAAGUGCUGUGGGUCAGGUCUCCCUGGCAGGUCCUCUGCAGGGCAUGGACCGGAUAUUGGGGUUCCCUAGCUUGAGCCCCACUUCCUCAUCUUUCUUCCUCCAGAGAUAGAGAUGAGCACUUGGGUAUUACACCAGAUACUUAAGGCUGGCAGCUACCUCCCUUCAGAGUCCAAGAACCUGGGGUACAAAGUGGAAUUUUACAUAUUUUUGGAUUAAUAAAUAUUAAAAAACAGACUCAGCUAUUAUUUUCCAGUACUGGUUGCUCCCACGCUAUUCUACUAGACCAUAUGUCUCAUACCAGCUGGCCCUCUUUCCCCCAGCACCUGCCCUCCUGCUCUGGGGCCGCUGACACAGGGAGGGCUUGCCUUCCAGGCUGAUGAGUCAGUGGGGCCUUCAUAAGCACUCAGGCUGGCUGGCUUUGCUUUCCAGAAGGAAGCCGGCUGAAGCAAGGGCGUGAACUUUUAAAUGUGUGCAGUCUAAAAUCCUGUCCAAGUCAAUUCCCAUAAUAAAUGGUGAAAAAGGAAGGGGUGGAUUUCAACUAGGGACCAUUACAAUCUGUUACCCUCAUGUAUAUUCAUAUGCUAUUAAAUAUAUUAGGACAAUGCAUACAAAUUGGUAGCUGUUUGAAUCUGGCUCAUAGAUGUAAUUUUCUGACCUGAACAAUUCUGCUCUUACCUUUUUAUUAGGGAACGUUUUAAACGUUUGUGAAAGUAUGGAGAAUGGUAUGAAAUUCCCAUGUAGUAGCUCCAACAAUAAUCAAUUCAUAGUCUUUCUCAUCUAAACUCCCAACCACACCCCCACCCUGAGAUUAUUUUGAAGCAAAUCCUAGACAUAUUUCAGGUAUAAACAGUAUAUAUCUCUAAAAGACAAGCACAUCCUAAAAAACUACAAUAUCACACCUAAUUAAUUUUUAUCAAAUAUCUAGCAUUUAAAAAUUUAAGACAACUAGAGAAAUUUUAUUCCCUUGCCAUUUAAUUGUGGAAGAAAUUGCAUUUUUUGUUCUGCAUUUUGUUUUUGCCUAGAUGCUCCUGACUGCAUCUGUUGUGUUAACAUAUUUUGUCUCCUGUGUUUCCUAUAAAUUGGUACUUUGAUCUGGACCCUGGAUUCUAGAGGCUUAAUUGGAUACAGGUUUUUGUUUUGACUACCUUUGACUAGUGGGUAUUGGAAUUGUUUCCAAUCUUUACUUAUUAUACAUAAUGCUGUAGUGGAUAGGCUUGUGCAUAUUUAUGUAUUUUCAUAUUUUUGCCUGUAUAUCUUUAGGAUGGCUCCACAGAAAUGGGAUUUCUGGGCCAAAGGAUAAAUAUGUGUCUAAUUUUGCUAGAUAUUGGCAAAAUUCUGAUAAAUCUGUGAGUGUGGCUGUUUCCCCACUGUCUCAACAGAUUAUAGUGUCAACUUUUUGGAUUUUUGCCAACCUGAUAGGUGAGAAAUAGUAUGUCUACCAUUUCUCAUUAUGAACAAGGCUUAGCAUCUUUAUAUGGUUAAGUGCCCUGUGCAGAUUUUAGUGAUUUUUUUUUUAAAUAAACAAAUUUAGAAUAGUCUCAGAUUUACAGGAAAGUUGCUAAUAGAGUGCCUAUAUAACCCACAGCCAGCUUCCCCAGUUGUUAACAUCUUACAUUAUACCUUACAUUACUAUGGAACAUUUGUCACAACUAAUGAAACAAAAUGAAUACAUCAUUAUUAACUAAAUUCCAUUCUUUAUUCAGAUUUCAUUAGUUUUUAUCGCAUACUCUUUUUCUGCUCUAGCAUCCCAUCCAAAUGAUCACAUUACAUUUAGUCAUUAUGUCUCCCUAGCCACCAUUGGUCUGACAGUUUCUCAGACUUCCCUUGUUUUUGAUGACUUAGAUGGCUUUGAGGGUACAUUUUAGAAUGUCCCUCAUUUGGGAUUUAUCUGAUGCGUUUCUCACGGUUUUUGUAAGGAAGACACUGAGGUUAAGUGUCAUUCUCACCAGUCAUAUCGAGUUGAUGAAUUACAAAGCUUGGCAGGAACAUCUGACUGACUUCUGCAACACUGCAGGCAGCUCAGUGGCUGCUGAAAAUCUUCCUUGGGCUUCUACUUAUAUUUUGAUUUCUUAAAAAUAAAACAAAAAUAAAAGCAGAAACAAAAAAACAGCAUACCUGGCCGUCAUUUCUUGUAGAUCUGUGUGUUGUAGCCAGUGGUGGAUGAACACUACCCCUCCCCGCCCAAAAUAACAGAUACUGUAAGUUCCAGAGGUUAAAGGCAGGACAAUGCGUUGCCAUUCACUGCUCCCUCGCUACGCUAAAGUGCCGGUUGGUAGUGGCCUCUGCUAGUGUUUAAGUUGGAAUCCACAGAAUACUGAUGCUCAUGGCCCGGGGGGUGAAUAUACCCCUCUAGCACCCUGUAGUUUACCUUACAUCCUUCCUGCAGGCCCCUCAUCCCCACCGAGUUCAUCCUUGUACCCAACAAAAUAUUCCCUUUUAAUUCAAAACUCCUUCCCCUUAUUCAGCUUUUCACUGACCUAAAGAACCUUUCAGUCUUUGUCGAGUAGGAGAGAAAUAUUGACAGCUUUUCCCCAUUUUUGUCAGAGGAAUGUUCUCACAGGCAACUUUCUCAUUUGCUAGUAAUACAUCUCACAAAAAUCAGGCAUACCUUGUUGCAUAAUCUUGAAUGUUUAACUUCUCUGGAUUUUGGCUUUCAUCCCUGUAAAACGAUUUAGUACCCGGGCUACACAAGAUGGACACAUACUUUGCAUUCAUGAGGUCUUGAUGCCAUUCAAAAGUUCCUGUCUUAUUUACCCUACAUUCUCAGUUAUUGAUCUUUAUAGAACAGGUACAUAAAAAUUACAAGUUACUUUAGUACAAUCUUGCUGGGAAUAGCCCCAGCGGGUGAUUUGUGUUUCACAUAAUCAUGACUAAAAUUUCUUGGCUAAGUCAAUCAUGGAAAUAAGGGAACAGAUCCAUGGGAACUUUCAGACUUAGGUAAGUUCAGGUGCAAGACUCUCAUUCUACUUCCACUAGACAAUGUCACGCAGGAACACAAUAUCUACAUUAGGGUACCUGAUCCCAAACAGUUCCCUUUUAAACUGAAAUUUAGGUGGGUAUCCUUGCUAUGCCCAAAAGUAACAAGAUUGUUUGUAAGAAUUCGUCUGAAUCAAUCUGUUAACACUGCAGAGUAAGCAGUGAGAACCAUUAAUAAGAGUUCUGGAUUUCAAAGCUAUAGCUGUGGAGAGGAUGUUCUUGACAUACACUAGGAUAUAUAUUCCAAAGGCUACUUUUCAGUGGCUGGGGAGAGUUAUAUUAACCCUUCCACAUGUUUUCCAGUCCUAGACACAGCUUUUGGUGAUAAAAGCCGAACUCCUUAAACAGAGAAAAGUCAACUGGUCGUUGCAAGGACCUAGGGUUGGACUAGGCUUCAAAGUUUUACUGUUUAACCAGAAAAUGAGCAGGAUGGUGAGGGCAACGUGCUGAUCCCCAGAAUUUGAUAAUCUUACUCCAAACACCGUUCCAUAUUCAAGUUAUUUUCUCCCCUUCCCAUAUUGCCUUUUUAGAGAAUAAAACUCUGAGUACCAUUGAUGUUAUGCAGGGAGGUUUGUUUCAUGGAUUCCAAAUACUAGAUGCAACUCUGUGGUCAAGGUUAUUAGCUCAAAGCCCAAUUACUAUAAUAUACUGUGUGAUCUCAUUUAUAUAAAACUCAAGAAAAUGCAAACUAAUCCACAGUGAUGGAAAGCAGAUCAGUGGCUACUUGGGCAUGGGAGAGGAUGGGAAGAGGCACGAGGAAACUUUUGGGAGUAAAAGGUAUGUUCACUGUCUUUUCUCUUGUUGCGGAGCACGGGCUCUAGGCGCAUGGGCUUCAG